AUGAAUUGGCUUGUUACGGAUGCAACACGCGGUCGCGCGAAGCCGAUCUUCACGAACCGCCUCUGCCUCCUCGCCACAGCUUCCGACCUACACCGACAAGCGCACCUUCCUCCCGGCUAUCACUCCGGGCCCCCCAGACCCGAUAUGGAGCCGGAGCCGUAUGUGACGCUGCUCGUCCAGUCUGGCCGUACAACACGCGACCAGCGUGCAGGCGGCGGCGUGUCGUCCUGCCAACCUCCUGGCGCGGACGUCGACGUCGACAAUGACGACAGCGGCAAUAGCCGCCGGCUGUUGGAGUUCGAGGAGGAGGAGGAGGAGGGCAGAGAUCAUCGCACAGUGCGCCUCACAUCCGGCAAGUCCGAAAGGAAUGAAGCAGUCCACGACGGCGGCAGCACAACCCCGGUGUCGACAUCGUUCCAUCUCACAAACACGAACACCAGCUGGCGGAGUGAUGGCAGCAGCCGGUCUGGAACCGCCCUGCCCGUGGCGAGCGCCUCGGCUAGCUCGCUCAGCUUGUGGCCUGCGAAUAGUGAUCUAGUGUCAAGCGAGCCGCGGCACCAAUGCCGCAAUGGCGACUCGGGCCCUGACAAGGACGACGGAGUUGGCGACAGUCGCGGUGGCAGCAGAGACAUCGCAACCCAUGCACCAUCCGCCGAUACAGCAGCAGCAGUAGCUGCCGUACUGGCAGCGUUCGUACGCUGCGAGGACAGCUGCCAGAACGCUCGCGACCCUCGAGCUGUCGAUGAAAACAACCUUGAUGUCGGCGAGUACGACGUAUAUAUGUACGACGCUCUGUUGGAACGUCUCGCGACGGCGGCGCCUCACCUGACGUCGCUACCGCGUGGGUCCUGGCGCGACUUGGACGCCGUGAGCGGAGCCCUCCUGGCGGACCUUAACGCCGCCGCCGCCGCCGCCGCCACUGCCGUGGAUACCAGCGGAAGCGGAGCCAGCAACACCCAUACGCGAUUCGUUGGCAGCACCACUGCUGAGGCCGCGUACGGCAGCCAGGCGCGUCAACUGCCAACGCCGCCAGCGACGCCAGCACAGGCUAUCUCGCCGUCACAGCAGCCGUCACCAGUGCCGUCACCAGUGCCGUCGCCAUUACUGCAACAACACCACCAACAUCAACAACAACAACAAGAUCAACAGCAGCAGCAGCCGCUCUCCGUGGCGGACCUGGCCCGGCAGGUUCAGGGCCUCCAAGAGCUGCUUGCGGGCCUCCCGGCGGGAUCCGCUUCAUGCUUGUCUUCCUCGUCUUGGAAAGAGCUGCCGCAGCUGAACUUACAGCACGGUCUGCCGCUGGCGGUGACGUUGGAUGGUACGGCAGCGGAGGCAGAGAUGGCGGCGCCGUCACCUCGUCAUACCGUGCAGCCUGACUCUGCACUUGGAGGUUAUGCCGCCACAACAACGGCGUUGAGUAUGUUUGCGCCGACGUCAUCGGCGGGUUCUCCUCACGGCACCGUCGGGCAUACAUCCCGAGUGCCGUUGUCGCCGCCGCCAGCGGCGGCGGCGGCGGCGGCGCCACCGCCGCUGCAGCUGUCUCUCCCCAGUCCCCGACUGGGUGCGCUGUUUGACCGGGUCUCACCGUCGCCCUCCGCGCCGUGGCGGCAUUGCGAUGGCCCCGCCCCGGCAGCAGCCCCCUUGGGGGUGUCUGGGCAAGAGGCCCCCUGGCCGCUACCGGGGGCGCCGGCGAGUCGCCGCAGCGCUGCCCUCGCCAACAUCCCCAACACCCCCAGCAGCGCCAGCAGCUACAGCUUUCCCCUCAGCAGUGGCAACUGCUACAGCUGCGGCGGGCAGCCAUUGCUUGUGCGGGUCGGAUCCUUAGAGCCCCCUCGAGACCGCGGGGCAGCACGAGGCCAAGCCUACAUUCAGAACUGGCGCGCGAACCAGCACGAAAGCAACGAAAGCCGUUGGGUACGGCGGCUUUUGGCGCCCGACAUUGCCGCUGACCCCUUUGCGGAGAUCUGGCAGGGGACCUCUCCCGUACAUGCCGUAGCUAGUUGGGCGGCGGCCGCCGCCGCCGCAGGCGCUGCCGCCUCGGCGGCAGCGGUGGCUGCCUCUCCUACCGCCGCCGCCGCCGCCGCCGCAGCCAGUACGCCGCGGAGCAGCACAUUAGGCGUGUGUGCGGGCUGGGACGGCGGCGACAGCGACGGCGCCGCCGCCAUCCCGGGUCCCUGGUGCACUUCCCGCCGUCGGGCCCAGUACCAAGAGCGGUUGGUGGACUCCGCCGUGGAGGCUGUUGGGGCGCUGUUUGCCGUACACGGGGCGCCGCUGGGAUUGACGAAACUGGCGCCGUACACGUACGGCCUUGACAGCCGGCGGUUGCGGCUCAAGAUGCUUCCUGACGGCCGUCUUGCGGUUCGGUGCGGUAGCGGCUGGGAGGAGCUUACGCGGGCCCUGGCCAAGCUGCCUCUACCAAGGGACUCGGCAGCUAGGGGGACCCCGCCCAACGCCAGCAAAGCUACAACGGCAGCCAUGGUGCCGCCGCCGCCGCCGCCGGUGGCUGCUUCUGCCAGCGGCACAUUCUCGGCGCCCUGCCGGUCAUGA